UAUCUUGUGCUUAACUUUUGCAAAUAGGUAAUAUUUUGAUAAUUUGGCCGGAUAUUUAAUGUUGCUACAUUCUCGCCGAAAUCGUCGCACUAUUUUAUGCACCUGAAACAGUGCUUUUUCAGAACUUUACUUCCAGUUCUGAAUUUCGUUUGAAAUGCAUUCUGGGAUACUUGGCUAAGGCGAAGUCCAAACAAGUCGUCACCAGAAGCAAGAAGAUAUUCGCUUACUUUGAGCGUAUUUUGAAUUUAAAACAUAUUUGGGCUGCGACUCAAGUCUGUCUUAAGUCCGCGUGAUCACGGGUACUUCGAGAAACAAAACCAACCACCAGACUCAUUCGCUUCGAUGUCCUCUCAAGUGAGACUGAAGCUGCUGCCAAGCAUCAAAUGUAUGUUUGAUGAGCCCAUUCAGGUGAAGGUGGCCGGGCUGAGGCCAAGGCAGGUUGUCAACAUGAGAGCCAAAUUAACUGAUGACAAGGGAGUGGUGUUCAGCUCCUCGGCCACCUACAGGGCUGAUGGCAGUGGGGAGGUCGACCUGAAAAGAGACCCCUCACUAGGUGGGAGCUACGUUGGAGUAGAACCCAUGGGUCUGCUGUGUUCCAUGAGGCCACAUACCAUGCACAAAAUAUAUCUAAAGACAAAUGCCAUAAACCCCCAGGUGGUGAAGUUUUCUGUGCAUGAGGAGGAGGGCAGAUUACUGGCAGAGAUGAUGAAUGAGAGGCUUCUGAUGAGAGAUGGGGUCACCAGGGUUCCCGUCAAUGAAGGGAACAUCCGUGGAGUCCUUUUCACUCCUCCAGGAAAAGGUCCUUUUCCUGCUGUGUUGGAUUUGCCCACCUCAGUAUCUGAGGCAAGACCCAGUCUACUGGCUAACAAAGGCUUUGUGGUUCUCUCAGUGGCGGUGUACAAUAAGAAGGGUGACAAUAUCACAGAGACACAUCUGGACCACUUUGAAGAAGCAAUGAAUUUCUUAAAACAGCAACCAAAGGUGGGCAGUAAAGGAGUUGGCAUAAUGUCAAGAUGCAAGGGAUCAAAUAUCGGACUGGCACUCGCUGCUUUUGUGCCAGGUGUCGAGGCCAUAGUGUGCAUGAAUGCCUGUAACGCCAAUGUGGUCACGCCUCUCUACUACAAGAAACGGCAGAUCCUGUCAUCAAUACUGUUUGACGAAAGCAAGUUUAUUCCCACCGAGUCAGGUGCAAUCAUCAUAAAGGAUGCUCUUGAAGAUCCCCUGGCAGAAAAGAAUAAGGGCAGCUUGAUCCCCAUUGAACGAGCCAAGAGCCAUUUUCUUUUUGCGGUUGUAGGAGACGACCUCAACUGGGACAGCGAAGCCUACAUGGAUGAAAUGGUGGUGAGACUUAAGCAUCAUGGGAAGGAGAACUUUGAGACUGUUUUUUACCCUGGAGCUGGACACAUGUUGGAGCCACCUUAUGCGCCCCACUGCCCCUCCAGCUUCAAUGCAGGUGUAGGCAAGCGAGUGCUGUGGGGAGGUGAGCCCAAGGCCCACAUAGCAGCUGAGAUCCACCUUUGGAAGAAGAUCCAGGAUUUCUUCAAAACUCACCUGAGUUGUGAUGCAGCACAGACUAAAGCCAAGUUAUAGAUUCAAACAGGAUGAUUAGAAAGCUUAAGUUACAGAAACAUAAAUCAUGACAGCAAAUUGACUGUAUGAAAAUCACAUUUUAUAAUUAAUAUAAUAGUUGUUAAUAUGACAGUUUGAAAUUUUAGGUGAAAUUAUGAUUCGCACAUGUCUUCCCCUCCUGUAUCUCCUGAGCCCUGUACACAUGUUUCUUUUUUCAUUUUUCUUUAUAAUUUUUUGGGAUUGUCACUUGAUCUUCUGUCUGCUUAUCCUGGACUCUACAGUCAGCUAUGGUUUAUUUCCAGUCGGCCUUUCUUAAUGUUUCAUUGAAAUUACUUUUUAUUUGUUUUGGCUAUUUGUUCCAUCAUCACAGUGCCAAAAACGUUAUAUGAUGAGUGUAGAUACAUGUUUUAAAUUUUUGCGUAACGCUGAUUUUGUUAUUUGAUCCCACAUUACUGUACUUAUCUUUUGUAAAUUGAUCUUUAUGUUGUAAUUAAAAACAACAACAAAAAACAAUUGUGUUAAAACUAUUAAAGCCUAAAAAAAACGCAACAAAGAAUAAUGAGCUGACAAAUAGACUUCAGUUUAAAGUUUAAUUUACACAGUUUCCUUUCUGAGAGACCAGCAAAUUAAAAAGAUGACCCAUGAAACAUAACAUAUUAAAAAUAUUCAAAUAUAUAUAAUGUGUAAAUGGGAAACUAAAAAUGGCUUUAUUGAUAUGGUCCAACCCACAGAUUAAUUUCUUAACGUUAGGUGGAAGCAGUUUGUUAUUAUGUGAGAAGAAAAAACAAAACAAGGUGAGACAAUGUAGCUACUCCUGUUUAAUGGUUUACUCGUAUUUUAAGGUAGUAAGUAAGGUACUAAGUCCACACAAGUCGCCACUAGAAAUAAGGUAUUCACUUGCUUUGAGCAUAUUUUGUAUUGAACCAUAUUUGGUCUGCGACUCAAGUCCGUCAUAAGUCUACAAGAUCACGGGUACAUCAAGAAACAGCACGGACUAGUGACUCAUUUUCU